UCUGCCGAUAGUCUGCUCCAGAGGGUCGUCUGCUCCACCCCUCCCAGAACUUGUCGUCUGCUAUACAGAACGUGUAUACGUGCUCUUUUGUAUAAUCCUUUGGUAUUACCAGGGAUGCAAGGUUAUUUCGAGACAAUGUGAGGAGCCUUUCGAUGCACGUUUGUUGCACAUGCUGUUUAUAGGAGUAUCGGAACACAACCACAGCAGACGAGAGCAGUUCCAUCCGAACCGCGGUGCCGCGAGGAGCGAGUGAGGAGGGGUGAGGGGGGCUCGCUAUUUCAAAAUGGCGGCUGUUGAAAGUGAAGCAGACGAUAAGUUUUCAAAUGUGGAUGUGGAUAGUAUCCUGUCCCGUGUUGGCCGUCGUCCUCUAACUUUUGACAAGACCAGAUCUCUUUACAAAGCCCCGGAGUUUACGAAGAGGUUAAGGGGUGAAGAGACGGUAAACGAGGGGGCGACGGUGCAGUUGGAGACGAAGUUGAUCGGGUUCCCGAGGCCGGUGCUUAGGUGGUAUAAGGACGAUGAGGAGGUUCUAGACCACCCACGCAUCCACAUCGAAUCUAACGGUGACGGCGUGUACGUCUUUACCGUCGAGAACGUCAACAAAGGCGACGAGGCUGCGUACAAAUGUCGAGCUGAGAAUGAAGAAGGUUCAACGACUUCCUGUUUUUACCUUCAUGUUAAAGUCAAAUCCCGCAGCCCUAAACGAAAGUGCCAGACCAAACGAAGCGUGUCCUACCCACCGAUGUUCCCCACUAUAAUUGAGAAGGUUGAGGAGGAGGAGAAAGAGGGCAAGGAGACAGCCCGCUCUCCCCCAUCACCCCUCACACAGUUGUAUGAUGGACUCACCCUUCAGACGCGGCACACGUGGCCCAAGUUUCUUGGAGACUGGGCUUACGCCGACAAUGCGCAUCGCAAUGGAGGGUCUUUUGGAAGCGAAUCCGACUCCGAGGUCGGUGACGGUCAUUCGCUUGAAAGCAUAGAACAUGACGACGACGUCUUCUCAGAGGAGAGCAGUGAAAAAUCAAGUGAAGACGGACCGGGUAGUGCUUCGUUUUACGUUAGUAGUGAAGAGGCUUCACCGGAAUCUCCCGAGUGUUUAAUUAGGGAUCUGAGUGGGGACAGCACUAAGGUUUCCGGGGAAACUAAACUUGAAAACAUUGUUGUUAAAAUGAACCUAACAACAACGAGCCUAAGGUUGCUAAACGAGAUAUGCAUUUGCCCCUAACAAAUGGACUUGUUUCUAAUACAACGGCGCCGCUUUCAGAGUCAAGGGCAAAGGAAGCCAAAAAGUCAGACUCCAAAGUUUCUU